AUGAGGGAGAAGGGCGCUAGUACUGAGACCAUUCUUGAAGGCUUUUUCAAUCUUCUUGGUAAAGUGCUCGAAAGGGACAAGGAAGAGGGACUGGAGAUGGCUAUAGUUGAUUUGUAUGCUUUUGAGUACUUUGUUGAAGUGGAGUACACCGACUGGCGACCACGGAUUCCUGGAUACCUUUCAAUUUUGAAGAACCCACCACCAAAUAUGCAGCCAAAGAGACAAAAGUUAGCACUUGUUCCAGAAGACCAGUUUUUUGCUCAACAUCCGGGAUCCUCUACGAUCAAGGUUUCUGUUCCAGACGUCGAUGAUGGGCAAGUCAUUGGGAUCACAGUUCAGUCGCUGUCAGAAAACGUGGCGAGUUUGAAGGAGAAAAUAGCAAAGAAGCUGGAGUUACGUGGAAAAGCCGGGGUUCUAGAGGGCAACAAGUCACUUGCACAUUACAAUGUUGGAGCAGGAGACAUCCUAACGCUGUCUUUGUAA